ACAGCAGCGGCGGCGGCUGGUUCUCACCAACUGUCACCGGCGCGGAGCUCGCAGUCCCGCAGUAGACACUCGAUCUCUCGCCGCUGGCUCUCCAGCCCGGGAGCAGGCUCCGCCGCGGAGCAGCGGCUGUUGGCCGCCAUGACAACGCUCAGUGAGACAUUCACAGCGAGAGACGAAGGCAAAAGUCGCCGUCUUUAUCAAGCCAUCGACCGGGGAGCUGCGCGGACUUGUUUGCGGAAGUAGGAAGUGGGGAGGAUGACGACUUCCUGCUUCGUCGGCUUUUCGUCGGAAAAGUCUGCACACUCGCGAGACACAAACGCGAAUGUCGUGUGAUGUGAUGUGAGUUGAUGCUCAAUCAAGUGUUGACUUGUCCUUAGUGGCGGCGGCGGCACGCUUGACACGUUCACGUAGAUUAAGUGACAUGUAUUAAAGUAUCUUAUUUGGCUGCGUCACACCGACGAGCUCGUUCACAUUGGUGACGUCGUGUGUUGUGAUUGAAGUAUCGCGAGAUCGACAGACUGGCGACUCUUGACUAUCACGAGAUUUGCUGCAACAGCUAGAAGACAAGAGCCAGGAACAGCAAAGCCCAUCCAUCCAUCCAUUUUCUGAGCUGCUUCUCAUCACUAGGGUCGCGGGCGUGCUGGAGCCUAUCCCAGCUAUCAUCGGGCAGGAGGCGGGGUACACCCUGAACUAGUUGCCAGCCAAUUACAGGGCACAUAGAAACAAACAACCAUUCACACUCACAUUCAGACCUACGGGCAAUUUAGAGUCUUCAAUUAACGUGCAUGUUUUUGGGAUGUGGGAGGAAACCCGGAGUGCCCGGAAAAAACCCACGCAGGCACGGUGAGAACAUGCAAACUCCACACAGGCGGGGCCAGGGAUUGAACCCCGCUCCUCGGAACUGUGAGGUUGACGCUCUAACUAGUCGGCCACCGUGCCUAUUUAACCUUUAAGUGUAAAAUAUUUGCAUAUAAUCUUUAAGAUAUGUUUGUUUAAAAAAAAUAUAUAAUGUUUUUAUUUAACUUAUGUGCAAUAUUUCCCCCCUAUAUUUAAGCGCAGUGUUAGUGUUCAAACUGUGCAUAAUGUAACAGUGGCUUUCAAUAAUACUUCAUAUCCUUUUUAGAAAUAAAACCUUAUUUUUUAUAUACACUACCCACAAUACCAUUAUGGUGGUGCUUGUUUUACAAAUUUUGAGAACCACAAAAAAAUACAACACAAUAUAUAUUCUGCAUGAAAUAAUAAAAAGUUUAAUGUUUUUAGUCCUUUUUAGCGUUUCGCAUCUACGGCAGUGGUGGUGACGUCGUCCUGUUCUGAUCCAAAUAUCGCGAGACUUGCGAUGGUUAACUUGACGGCUGCGACCUCAGGCAAUUGUGAAUGCAUGCUACGUACAGUUUCUGGAGCAGGAACGAAGGUUGUUGUAGCAGUGGCGGCUAGUGGCCAACAUGGCCGACGUGGAGAUGACGGAGGCGCCGAGUGAGAAGAAGUCAGCCGCAAAAGGCGCACACAGGACGGACGCGGAAGCCGGGGAGGGCAGCACUACGAGCACCGACUCCUACGAGCUGCCCUGGGUGGAGAAGUACAGGCCGCAGAAGCUGAGAGACAUCGUGGGCAACGUGGACACGGUGAGCCGCCUGGAGGUGUUCGCCCGGGAGGGGAACGUCCCCAACAUCAUCAUAGCAGGUCCCCCCGGAACCGGAAAGACCACCAGCAUCCUGUGUUUGUCCCGAGCGCUGCUUGGCGCCUCCAUGAAGGACGCCGUGCUGGAGCUCAACGCAUCAAACGACAGGGGUAUCGACGUGGUGAGGAACAAGAUCAAGAUGUUCGCACAGCAGAAAGUGACGCUGCCCAAAGGACGACACAAGAUCAUCAUCUUGGACGAAGCUGACAGUAUGACUGACGGUGCUCAGCAGGCGUUGAGGAGGAUUAUGGAGAUCUACUCCAAGACGACGCGCUUCGCCCUGGCCUGCAACGCCUCCAAUAAGAUCAUCGAACCCAUCCAGUCGCGCUGCGCCGUUCUGCGCUACUCCAAACUGACCGACGGCCAGAUCCUGGCGCGGCUGCAGGACGUGGUGGAGAAGGAGCAGCUGUCAGUGUCCGACGACGGCCUGGAGGCGGUCAUCUUCACCGCACAGGGGGACAUGCGGCAGGCGCUGAACAACCUGCAAUCCACCAAUUCGGGCUUCAGUCACAUCAACAGCGAAAACGUGUUUAAGGUGUGCGAUGAACCGCACCCCUUGCUGGUGAAAGGCAUGCUGGGACACUGCGUGGACGGAAACGUGGACGAGGCGUACAAGGUGGUGGAGCAGCUGUGGGCGCUGGGCUACUCGCCGCAGGACAUCAUCGGGAACAUCUUCAGAGUAUGCAAGACCUACCAGAUGGCCGAGUAUCUCAAAUUGGAGUUCAUCAAGCACCUGUCUCCAACCAGCCUUAUCACCACCAGUAUAUAAACCUGCUUGUUCCAGGAAAUCCUCGCUGAAGUAUUGCAGUUACUUUCAGUGGUACCACGGCCCAUUUACCUCACGUAAAGUCACCCUAUUCCUCGUUCCCUUUUUGACUCCUGUCUCCUUGUUCCAGUGUCCCCCCCCCCCCCCCCAUGUUCCUGAUCCAUGUAAUUCCUGCCGCCAAGCCAGCCGCCUGUCCUCACCAAUACCUGCCACCUGUCCACACCACCACCUGCCAACCCACUUAGGACCAUCGCCAUUACCUUUCAUCAAUAAACUAUUCAUCCUUUCACAUCUGCCUCCGACUGCUCUUGGAUGCAGCCACUCUCUAUUCGUGUCAAAAUGUUUCCAUAAUAAAAAAAAAAAUGGAC